AUGCCUCCGGAAAUGACCCCAAUAGACGGGGAGGGGCAGAAGAAGCGCGUGUGUUACUUCUUCGACUCGGACAUCGGUGGCUUCCACUAUGGCCCCGGACAUCCGAUGAAACCCACACGUAUACGGAUGUGCCAUUCACUGGUCAUGAACUAUGGCCUAUACAAACGCAUGGAGAUCUUCCGCGCGAAACCCGCCACUAAGCGCGAAAUGACGCAGUUCCAUUCCGAUGAAUAUGUCGACUUCCUCAGCAAGAUCUCACCGUCAAACAUGAACUCUUUCAUCAAAGAGCAGCACAAAUACAACGUCGGUGAUGAUUGUCCUGUGUUUGAUGGUCUCUUCGACUAUUGUGCAAUCUCGGCCGGCGGUUCUAUGGAGGGUGCUGCGCGUCUAAGUAGAGACAAAUGCGAUAUUGCGGUGAAUUGGGCCGGUGGACUACAUCAUGCUAAGAAGAGUGAAGCAAGCGGCUUUUGUUAUGUCAACGACAUAGUCCUUGGAAUUCUCGAGCUCUUGAGGUAUCACACUCGCGUUCUGUACAUUGAUAUCGACGUGCACCAUGGCGAUGGGGUGGAGGAAGCGUUCUACACGACAGAUCGUGUGAUGACCGUCAGCUUCCACAAGUACGGCGAGUAUUUCCCCGGCACUGGUGAGCUGCGUGACGUUGGUAUCGGCAAAGGGAAACACUACGCUCUCAACUUUCCCCUCCGAGAUGGUAUCACCAAUGAGAACUACAAGAACACGUUCGAACCUGUCAUUCGGGGUGUUAUGGAGUCGUUUGACCCCGGGGCGGUUGUGCUCCAAUGCGGUACCGAUUCGUUAUCUGGUGACAAAUUGGGAUGCUUCAAUCUUUCUAUGAGAGGACAUGCGAACUGCGUGCAAUUUGUGAAGUCGUUCAACAAGCCGCUGCUGCUGCUAGGGGGCGGGGGUUACACCAUGCGAAACGUCAGUCGUGCUUGGGCAUAUGAAACCGGUCUCGCCGCUGGUGUAGAGCUAGGAAAAGAGAUUCCGAUGAACGAGUACUAUGAAUACUUCGGUCCAGACUACGAGCUGGACGUGAAAUCAUCCAAUAUGGACGAUCUGAACUCUCCAGAAUACCUGGAACGCGUCCGGGGCAUUGUUCUGGACCACCUGCGUCAGAUCGGUGGGCCUCCCAGCGUCCAAAUGACAGACAUCCCUCGUCUGCCAGUCGACGACAUGGUCGAGGACGAUCCCGACGAGGAUAUGGUCGACCCGAAUCAGCGCCGUCCGAUGCGGCUCCUCGACUCCCGGAGGCAGGCCGACGGCGAGCUGUCAGACUCGGACGACGAGGGCGAGGGUGGCCGGCGCAAUCACGCGAGCAACAAGGACGCUGACUCUGCCCCUGCGACCGGGCGGCGGUUCGGCGCCGCCGUCGGGAUCAUGAGCACGGGCACCACGCACGGCGUCGGUCCCAGCGGUGCGCCGUCUGCGCCUGCUGCGGGGGCUGCCGCACCGACGAGCGCGGGGCCUGCCGAGCAGUCGGACAUGGACGUCGACGACGGGGUCCCUCUGGCCCAGAUCGCGGCGAAAGCAAAGGCCACAGCCCAGGCCGCGAUGAACAAGACGAAUGGAAGCGCGGCGGGGGCCUCGGCGGAGUCCUGA